ACUCAGCCGCUUCCUCUAGCGAGAAAAGAGGAAAUCGAAGGGGCAAGAAAAAUACUACUGUAAUAUCCGAAUGCAGAAGGCCCUUUGCGGUACCGGUACAUAAGGAGCCAGAUGAAUAGCUCAAAAGGACAUAAAGUGAUGCGCAUAGCACACUGAACACACCAGAAGACAUGAACAUUCUGCUUCUGAAAGAACCAAGAGAAGGGGGGAAUGGACCAGAUCCAUACAUCAAGGAGCUGUCAGCUUUUGGACAUAAAGCCACCCUGAUCCCUGUGCUCUCUUUCAAAUUUGUGUCUUUAGACACAUUAUCUGAAAAGGUUUUUCAGCCAGAGAAGUAUGGGGGACUUAUUUUUACAAGCCCACGAGCAGUGGAAGCAGUGAAGAUGUGUUUAGAUGCCAAUAACAAGAAGAUGGAAUGGGAGAAUUUGAGGAACAAAUGGAAUGCAAAAGCAAUCUACGUUGUUGGGAAGGCUACUGCCUCAUUAGUGGAGGAGUUGGGUUUAUCCCCUGUGGGAGAGGACACAGGGACUGCAGAUGUUUUGUCACGCCUCAUUCUUGAAAGGGAAGACCCUAGUAUAAUGCCACUCUUUUUUCCAUGUGGCUCCAUCAAAAGGGAGGUGUUGCCAACAGCACUGAGAGAAAACCGGAUCCCUUUGGAGACCUGUACUGUCUAUCAGACAGCACAACAUCCAGACUUGGAGAAAAACCUGACCAAUUAUUUCACCCAGCAGGGUGUUCCUGCCAGCGUCGCUUUCUUCAGUCCGUCGGGGGUGAAGUUCUGCCUGGAGACAGUGCGGAGGCUGGCCGGGCCUCAGCUGAGCCAGAUUAAGUUUGCAGCCAUCGGCCCCACCACAGCAGAUGCUUUGUCAGCAGAGGGGCUGCCUGUGAGUGGCUCUGCAGAGAAGCCCACUGCUCAGCACCUAGCAGCAGCCAUAGCUCAGGCCCUGUAGAGACUCAGCCAUCACUUUCAAUCACUCAGCACUCGAUGGAGCCAACAUAAAUGCCCACACUCUUAUAUGCAUAUAUACAUAAAUCUGUUACAUAAUUUAGAUAAACUGAGACGAUGAUGACAUUUCACCGAAUAUAAUAAUUUUUACCAUAGAUGCAGAGCUGCCAACCCUCACGCAUUGGAUUGAGGUGUGGAGCCAAUCAAAUGAAUGAAUCUCAGUCAAUGCGUGAGUUGGCAGCUCUGUAGAUGUACACACCGAUGACCACCUUGCUCUAGCUGUUAUAGGCUAGCAGCUGUUUUCAGUAGCAAUGUGGCUCCUUCACCUCAUAUCGUGUACUGUUUGCUGUAGCCGUACAUUCAGUAUCAGUUUUUACUGUCACAUCUGGUCCCACUGACAACUGAUUGAUGUGUUUGUUAUUUAUUUGUUCAAUGUGAAAUCUGAUGCACUAGUGGUGUUGCACUACUGAUGGGUUUAUGGUGUUGUAUUUUAUGCCUUAUUAAGUCUGUCAUUUUUCCAAUGAUGAUGAGGAAGAUGUUGAGACUGACAUGAAAUUGCUUUGAUUAAUUUUCAGAAAUGCUAUAAAAAUAAAGCAUCCUUUCGUCCUUCAA